GAUUGUAUUUAACCGGUCCAAAGAGCUCGAAGCUUCUUCUUCUUCUUCUACUUCUGCUGUUCCUGUCUUCAUCUUAGGUUAAUCGAGUCUUAAGUAGUAUCAAGCUCAAUCUUUUCCACUGCGAAUCAAUGGCGUUAUGGAUGGAAGCUGGUUCGGAACCGAUGACGGAGAACGAAAAGGCAGACCUCAUAGCUAUCACUGCUCUCAAAGAAUCCGCCGCCAUCGAAUUCAAAGAGCAAGGAAACGAAUGCGUGAGGAAAGGGAAGAAGCAUUACUCCGAAGCAAUAGAGAACUACACGAAGGCCAUUAACCAGGGAGUUCUAAGUGACUCAGAGACUUCGAUCUUGUUCUCGAAUCGAGCUCAUGUUAAUUUACUAUUAGGAAACUAUCGUCGUGCUCUUACUGAUGCUGAGGAAGCAAUCAAGCUGUGUCCUGAUAACGUCAAGGCUGUGUAUCGAGCUGCGAAGGCGUCAUUGUCGUUGGACUUGCUGAGUGAAGCACAGUCUUAUUGUGAGAAGGGAAUCAAGAACGAUCCGGGUAAUGAGGACAUGAAGAAGCUUCUAAAGGUGGUGAUUUUGAAGAAGCAAGAGAAAGAAGAACACGAGGCUGAAGUGUCAAGGGCUGUAGUGGAAGCCAAGGCUUGUCUCUCUGCUUUUGAAAACAGAGGAGUUAAGAUUGGGAAAGCAAUGUACCGGGAACUCACGGGUCUGAAGAAGCCAGUGUUGGAUCAAAACAACAUCUUACAUUGGCCUGUCCUGCUUCUUUACGCAGAGGCGAUGACAAGUGACUUUGUUGAGGACUUCUGUGAAACUGACAUGUUUGCAACCCAUCUUGAUAUGAUGUUUUCAGAGGAUAGCCCACCGCUGCCAUGGGAUAAAAACCAUGAGUACACGCGUGAAGCAAUCGAGCUUUACUACGAGGCGAGUUCGGGAACUCCAUUGCCUAGGAGUAGAGUUCUCCAGUACCUUCUAGAAGGUACUAAAGGUUCUCAAGCCGAAACCACUGGAGAUGAGGGCACGAGCUUAACUAAAACACCUUACAACGUGAAAGGAAAGGGUUCGUCUGGUAUGGUUAAAGUGAACGAGCGGAGAACAUUGCAUGACGUGUUGAAAGAACCAAACUUGGUCAUUCCUGAGAUCCCAGUCUUCUACAUCGUCUCGAAGAGGUCCAAGUUCUAUAAGGACUUUGCCGCCGGUAAAUGGAGUCCCCCAAGUUGAAGGGUGAGUUAUAAGGACCAUUAGAGUAUUGAACAUUUUGUGGCAGCAUUUUGAUUUUUGUAACACUUAAAACACAUUUAGAAAACUUUACCGUUCAUGACCCAAGUGUGUUCUCAAUCUCAGUGUUAUGUAUUCAGAUCCAACGUCUUGAUAGAAAAAAGUUUUUUUUGGAGUAA